GCGCUGUAGAGGAUAUUCACGCACCUCUGUUGAGGCCAGCACAGCUCGUUGGGACAUACCGAUCGCAGAGCCUCUCGUUUUGUAAAUUUUCCCCGACGGGGCGAAUAUGGCAACGCUGGGACCCGAGUCCCGUCUUCACUCCCAGCUGCCUCCUGCCGCAUUACAGGCGAACCUCAGCGGACUCGGUUCCAACACGAACCUGCCCCUCAACCGGGGCUUGGAGAGAGCUCUGGAGGAUUCGGCGAACUCCGGCUUUCUCAACCUCAGCACAAGAAAAUUGAAAGAAUUCCCUCAGACAGCAUCUAAUUAUGACCUGACGGAUACGGUUGAAGCAGACCUGUCGAAGAAUCGACUGAUUGACAUCCCAUCAGAGGUGUGCCAACUGGUCUCCCUGGAAACGCUGAACCUCUAUCACAACUGCAUCAAAAGCAUCCCAGAUACCAUCAUCAGUCUACAGUCCCUUACCUGCUUAAACAUCAGUCGGAACCAGUUGUCAGUGCUGCCAGCGUGUGUGUGUGGUCUACCAUUGCGAGUGCUCAUUGCCAGCAAUAACAAACUCAAUGCACUUCCAGAAAGCAUUGGCCUGCUCACCAAUCUCAUGGAACUGGAUGUUAGCUGUAAUGAAAUCACAGCUCUUCCACGUCACAUUGGUCGACUCAAAGCCUUGAGAGAAGUCGAUGUGCACCGAAACCUUCUCUGUGUCCUACCAGAUGAUUUGGCAGAUCUACCUCUGGUCAAGUUUGACUUCUCCUGUAAUAAGGUUUCCACUAUCCCUGUCUGCUAUCGAAAAAUGACCCACCUCCAAUCACUACAACUAGAAAACAAUCCCCUUCAGAGUCCACCUGCACAGAUCUGCAUGAAGGGUAAGAUCCAUAUAUUUAAAUACCUUGCCAUGGAGGCCUGCCGUAGUGACAAGAUGGCUGAUGCCCUGUACCUGCCCAUCACAGACCGCCUCAGCUUGACACGACCCACCAAUGGGAGCACUGAGGAUAUUGAUCAGCACAAGAAACUUGACAGCGACUCUGGGGUGGGCAGUGACAAUGGAGACAAACGCCUCUCUGCUACAGAGCCAUCAGAUGAAGACAGUCUUAGCCUGAAUGUGCCAAUGACCAACAUCACAGAGGAAGGGGGCCUAAGCAAAGACGACUCAAUUGAACACAUCAGCGCUCUGACAGCAGACAGAAUUCCAUCUGAAUAUCCGAAGGAGCAGCUGGUGUACAGAGACUCCACCCUUUCCUCUCCAUUCGUCAGCUGUAUCAAGGUUCGAGGUGCUGAUUUUGAUGAACCCCUCAGGAUAGAGGAAGACAGUAACUGGACAUCAGAACAAACUUCAAAGGUCAAUAUUAUCAAUCAGCUAAAAGAGGCUGUGGAGAUGCUACAGGAUCCUAACAGGGUUAACAUGAACUCAGCUGAUCUGUCUGGCAUUAAACUCUACCCUGUGGAAAUGGUCACAGUAGAUGAAUCGCUCAAUGGCCAGGAGAAUGAUGUGGGUCAGACGACACCUAAGGCAACUCCUGGAGAAUGCUGGGAGUUCCAGAGGAAGAGACAAUACAUUCUAGAACGGGCCAGAAUUGAGGCCCAGUUCGCAUGCCAACAGUAUGCCCUGCACCUGGCACAACAGGGGGAGGUGAUUGGCCAGGAAAAAUCAGGUGAUAGUUCUGAGAACCAAGUUACCAAGAAUGAAGACAAAACUCCUGUUUCCAGUCCCACGUUGAGCUCGCCUCCGUUUGGUCUGAAGCCCAGAUCAGUUUCACCCUCUGUGCCCUGCUCGAUUCUGCCCUGUCCCCUCCCCCUUAUACAGGCCCUGCCCUCUGAUAGAGACACGCCCCCUAGCCCAGCUGAAGGAGACAUGUCAAGCAGUGUGUUUUUCAGGACGCACAAGACUCUGGAAUCAGUGGAUCCUCGGUUCACCAUAAGGAGAAAGAUGGAGCAGCUGAGGGAGGAGCUGGAGCUCACAGAGCAAUUACGAGAGAUUAUUGAAAGCAGAUUGAAAGUAGUUCUUCCUGAAGAUCUUGGCUCAUCUCUUAUGGAUGGGGUUGUGCUGUGUCACCUAGUGAAUCACAUCCAGCCGCGUUCAGUGGCCAGUAUUCAUGUACCGUCCCCUGCAGUGCCCAAGCUUAGCAUGGCUAAAUGUCGCAGAAACGUUGAACAGUUUUUGGACGCCUGCAGGAAAAUGGGAGUCCCUAAGGAUAAGUUAUGUCUGCCUCAUCAUAUUCUGGAGGAGAAGGGGCUCAUCAAUGUUGGCAUUACUGUCCAAGCUUUGCUAGAUGAGACUUUGACUACUCAAACACUCUUCACAUGAGUCACACAUGCAUAAUUCUACUCAACUAACUCACACAUACACAACACACUAAUUCCUGUGGACAGACAUGCACCAACAGAUGACUUCUCGGGACAGCAACCAGAUGUUUUAGAUCCUUGAUUGCAGGUAUAUGUUCUUGUUUUCCAUAUUUUAAGUACUAUUAUCUUAUCACUUCACUGUUGCUCCUGCCAUAGUCAUCAUGGACAAAUACAAAAAUUGCUCAAAACCUAGCUUGAGAUAUGAAAUUCUUUAUUUAAUAUAGAUAUAUUUAUUAAACGGCUAGUUGGGAGAUGUACAUGAAAGACAGUAUUUUUCUUGAUGGUUUUAUAUGCAUCUAAUGUUGUGUAGAAUAUAUGAUGUCUGAGUUAGACCUUUAGUGACCCUAGAAUUGUCCAAAACACUCGUCCUCCCAGUAUCUUAUGUAAAAGGACUGUUUUUAGCCAUUUUUGAAUGAUGAUGGUAUUGUCUCAGGGGAAGAGUGACCUCAUUAUAAUUUCAUAGUUUCUGCUCUGCUUACAUUUUAAGUCAGGUAUUUUUUACUAAAAUAAUAUGUUGUGUGUGUGUGUGUGUGUAUGUGUGUAUGUACAGAUGAAAGCAAAAUAUACCUGACAUCUAUUUUAAUUGUGUUUAUGUGUGGAAAAGUACCACAUCUUCAGGAGACUUCAGUUCAUUUUAAGAGAGAGAGAGAAUGAGAGCACAUGUUUGCACCUUUUUUAUGUAAGUCUUUGUGUAAGAAUUUGUAUUUUUUUAGUUAGCUCUACUUGUGCAUAUUUCCUUAUGUAAAGUUUGUUGUCCAAAGAUUCAGCUCCUAUUAAACAGACCAAAAAAUGCUCUCUCACUAAAGAUUAUUUGACAGUUGCCAAAAUUAUUAUUCAGUAUCAAACUGAUGUAUAGUUGAGAUUCAGAAUGUAUUAAAAUUUGUAAUCAAGUUUUGUAUUUGUAGAACGAUUUGUAAUGUGAUAAUGGUUAAUGCAGGUAGGACAGGACGUUUAUAUUUUAUGUGCAUAUUUCAGUGAGAAUAUAUUUGAUUUUUUUUUUUUUUCUUGGUUAAAUUUAAAGCACAGUUCCUUAGAUUAAUGUUCACUAAAGGGCAAGUAAAGCAACUUUAUUAUUACAGUCUAGGUUCUUAUAUAACAGCAAUCAUUACUAUGACACUUCCUUAACUGAUUUCAGAGAAACUCUCUUGGUUGUAAUUACAUAUUCAUAACAAUAAUCUACUUGCUAUAAUUAUAAAUAAAAAUACACUCACAAACAUUGUCUGCUCUUAAAUCUGUAAAUAAUUUUAUGAUUUACAUAUUGCAAACUAAAAGCUAGCCAAAAUUGUGAUUUGUUGUGCUGAGAAAACAUAAGUCCUGGCUUUUUCAUUGACAAAAUGUUUCGAUUUCCCUUAAACUAAAAAAAUUGACACUUUUUCCCCAUUCUAUCUAUCUCUUUAACAUUUCUUUUGAUCAAAUAACAAUUAAUUUAUGACAGGUUUAGAGGUAUCAGAAAAAGAGAAUAAUUAGAUUUAGGUCUUUGAAUGAAGUUUUGAAAGAGAUAUUAUAUUUAAAAUGUUCAAAACAUUCAUAAAUAUGUUUCAGAAUUUCUAUCGGGAGAAUCUUGGUAUUUUCUGAAUUUGAGCACUCAUCUGACAGUUUUGUAUUAGACAAUACUAUCAAUAUUUGCAUCCUAUAGAAAUUCACUGCUGUAUCUUUUGUGAAAUUCUGCUCUUAGCGUUGUCCUCUGACAUUUAAGUUCAACUACAAGAUCAAAAACAAAUCUUUGCAGCAGUGGGCAAGUUGUGCAACAGUACUGUAAUAUCAACAUUCUCUACCACUAUAGAGAAAACCUUUGAAAAAUCAGUGAAGCUACUUUUCAAUGAAUACAAUAAAUGAGAGUUUAAAUGCAGGUUUGAUUUGAGAAAUUAGUGUUUUUUGCACUUUAUAUGUUUUGGAAUGUUUUGUUUUUUUUGGCAACUGGCAAAUAAUAUUAUUCAUGGAAAUUUAUUACAGGAUUUGGUGAAAUCAAAUGAGCUAAUUAAAUCAAUGUUUGAUUAAAAGUCACCAAAAAAUGGGAUACAAAUCUUUAACUGCUGAAUGUUAUGUGGCUACUAUUCUAUUUUUUUCUUGAUGUGUAGAGAAAAAAGCUUGUACUAAAAAUGUUUGUACUGUAUUUUUCUUUUUUUAUAUAUAAAUAGUAAUUAUUUUUCCAUGUCUUUUCAGAGUUUGAGAUUUUCAUAUUUUUUUAUGUUUGCUUAUUCUGAUGUGGCAUAUUUUACCCUUUUAUAAAUCUGUAAUUUUGUAACUCUCCCUUUAAAUUUUACAGUGCAUGCACAUUAAUGUUUUUGGGGAAAGCAUGCAUGUAACUACACCUUUUGCCUUAACCUCUGUAUUUAAGGUUUAUUUGAACCAACUUCUUUCAGUAAAUAAUUUCACCUUCAAAGACCAGUUUGUUUCUUU